CUGGACAAGAGCCAACUCUAAUGGAUCUAUGGAAACGGCAGCACAUGAAAAAGAACAAAGAGUUCAGUACCCCAAAGGCUCAAGAGAUUAAUGAUGAGAUGGAAAAAAGAGUUGCUGAGGCUCGGGCUAAAGGUGAAGAACCCAAUCAUUGGGACAUAUAUCGCCAGGUUGUUGGGGAGCCACGCAAAGGUCGAGUACUUGGGAUGGGUUUGGGAGUCACAGCAGCAGAUGUUUAUGGCUAUGCCUCAACAGAUGGUUGUAGUAAACGCUGCCAAGAAGAUCGCUUAAAAGAGAAAGAAAAGAGUGAUGCAGUCAUCAAAGAAUUGCAAGAAAAGAUAGUAUCG